AUGUGUUUUUCCAUCUUCUGCUUCUCCUCAGUGGCUGAGAAGACCAAAGAGCAAGUGUCUAAUGUUGGGGGAGCUGUGGUGACAGGAGUGACAGCAGUGGCCCAGAAGACAGUGGAAGGAGCAGGGAACAUUGCUGCAGCUACUGGCUUGGUGAAGAAGGAUCAGUUGGCUAAACAG